AUGAGAUUUGAAUUAAACAAUUAAUUAAUAAAAACAUUUAACUUUGAUAAUGAGAGGAUUAUUUUUAUUUUUUUUAAUACGGCUUUGUAAAGAUUUAAAUUAAUUUAAGCCUAUUAAGCAGCAUGUCCAAAUGGGAGAUACAAAUUACCUUCAGAUAAUGGAUGCGAUUAAAGGUGUAUGACUGAAUGUUUAACAUGUUCUGAUGGAAUAAGUUGUGAUUCAUGUUCAGGAACCAAUAAAUAUUUAAAUUAAACAAGUAAGUUAUGUACUAGUUGUCCAACCGGUUGUUUAGGAUGUAAUUCUACAAGUUGUACAUCUUGUUCGACAGGAUAUUAUUUGUCUACAAUAUGUAUAUAAUGUCCUAUACAAUGUACUCAAUGUUCAUCUUCAACUAAUUGUUCUGCUUGUGCUUCUGGAUAUAUCUUAUCAGGAUCAUCUUGUCUUUCUUGUACUGCCCCAAGUACAUAUUGUGGAAGUCCAUGUACAUGUGCGAGUGGAUAUUAUUUAAGUGGAAUAUGUUGUCAUCAAUGUGAUAGCACUUGUACAACUUGUUUAGGUACAGCUACUACUUGUACCAAUUUAUCAUGUUAAUAUCCAUGUGCUGAUUGUGUUGCAUCAUAACCAACUAAUUGUACAGCUUGUAUUGAUCCACAUCAAACUUCUCCAACAUGUUAAUGUAUUUCUGGAUAUAUAAUGGAUACAAACACUCAUAUGUGCAAUGCAUGUACUUUUCCAUGCUUUACAUGUUAAAAUUCAAUUAAUGAAUGUCAUGCUUGUUUUUCUUCAUAUUAAUAUGAUUCAACUGCUCAUACUUGUACAUGUUUAACUAAUCAAUACGAAGAUAAUGGUAGUCCAAAAUAAUGUUAAAAUUGUUAAUCACCAUGUUUAACAUGCUCUAGUUUUACAGAUUGUAAUUCUUGUGUAAUUGGAUUAAAUAGACAUUUAUAAGGAAAUAGUUGUAUUUGUGAUGAUGGCUAUUAUGAUAAUGCUGGAAUAUGUACACUAUGUCCAUUAUCUUGUACUAAAUGUACUUCUGCUACAAUUUGUACAGAAUGCAAACAUCUUUCACAUUAAGUAUUGAAUGAUUGUCAUUGUAUUGAUACUUAUUAUAUGAAUGCUUCAUAUAUGUGUUAAUCAUGUGUUAGUCCAUGUGUUAAUUGUACAUCCUCUUUAGAUUGUUUAACUUGUAUUGAUAUUAAAUAAACUGUUGUUAAUGAUAGAUGUAUAUGUUAAGAUGGAUACUAUAUGUUCAAUAAUUUAUGUUCUUAAUGUGUCAAUAAUUGUUCAAAAUGCUCUUCUGAUAUUAUUUGCACUGAAUGUUUAGAAACUUAUUUUUUAAAUGGAUCUACUUGCUAAGAAUGUUCUUCAUAAUGUAGAAUUUGCUAGAAUGAAAAUCUUUGUUUAAAUUGUCUACUCGGUUAUACUUUAAAUUUUGAAAAUUUAUGUGUAGCAUGUCUAGACAAUUGUUAAGAAUGCAAUAAUUAACUUAGUUGUGAGUUUUGUAAAGAUGGUUUCUAUUACGAAUCUAUGUUAUGUAAAAAAUGUAGUGAUAAUUGUAAAACUUGUUCAAUUUAAGUCGAUUAUUGCUUAAGUUGUAACAAUAAUUAUAGUCUAAUUAAUAAUUAAUGCAUUUGUGGAUUAGGCUAUUAUGAAAUUGAUUAUAAUUGUUUCUAAUGUAAACAUCCUUGUAUUUAAUGUUCAAAUGAGAACACCUGUUUAUAAUGUGCAUAAAUUUAGUAUUUAAAUCUGAGUGAUUAAAAUACAUGUGUUUGUCAAAAUGGACUUUAUUGGUCUAUUGAUAAAUGUAUAUAAUGUCAUUCAACAUGUAAAACAUGUAAUGAAACCAAUACAAAAUGUUUGAGUUGUGAUUAAUCAUUAAAUAGGAUACUAAAUAAUAAUUAAUGUAUAUGUGCUACAAAUUAUUUUUAAUCUGAUUUAAAUACUUGUAUCUCUUGUGAUUCUGAAUAAGGUAAAUUGAUAGAAGAUUGUAAAUAUAAAAAUUGCAAUGAUUUAGUUUGGACUUAUGGGGAAGAAUGUGAUGAUGGUAAUUAAGUAAUAGGAGAUGGAUGUUCAUUUUGUAAAAUUGAUUCAAAUUAUAUUUGUUCAAAUACUAUUAUGAAAUAAUCUCUAUGCUAACAAUGUCCUUUGUUUUGUAUCUCCUGUCAAAUUAAUUCAAUUAAAAAUUAAAUUGAAUGCUUAAAAUGUAACUCUGGAUACUAUUUAACUCAAAAUUAAUGUUAAUUAUGUGAUAAAUAAUGCAAAGAAUGUGAAUCUUAUCCAUAAAAUUGUAUAAGUUGCAGAUUUUUAGAAAUAAAAUCUAAAUGCAAGAUCUGUGAAUAUAAAUAAGGUUACUAUUCUGAUUAUUCUAAUAAUAAAUGUUAUACUCUAUGUGGGGAUUCUAUCAUUUCAGAUACAGAAUAAUGUGAUGAUGGUAAUUUGAUAGAUGGAGAUGGAUGCAAUAAUUAGUGUUUUAUUGAAAAAAACUUUAAAUGUUAAAAUGAUGUUUGUAUUAUUCCAAAUUACCCUAUUCCAAGUUUAUCAUCAUUUGGAAAACCAUAAAGAUAUGAUAAAAUAAGAUAAUUUAAAUUAGAAUACUAAGUUCCUCUUAAUAUAUCAAAAUCUUCCUUUAAUAUCUCUUCUUUAAUCAAUUUAUACAUUGAGAAUAGGUCAGGAAAUAUUUCAUCCUUAAAAUAUCAACUUAAUAUUACUUAAAAUAUUACCUAAUUCGAAAAUUAAUAUUAUUCCUUUAGUGCUAUUUUAACAUUAUAUUUAAAUUAAUCAUCUCAAAAUUAGUUUUUGAAUAUUUUUUAUCCUAAUCCAUCUCUAAUUUAAUCCUAUUAAGGAUAUUAAUAAAAUCUUCAAAACUUAAAAGCAGCAAUUGAAGAAUUUAUAUUAGUUGAUGAAACUACAAAAGAAAUGACAGAAACAAUGAAUAGUUUUAGUCUCAAUUUAUUUUACAUUUUUCUCAUUUUAUUAGCAGCUUCAAUUUUAUUAGGAGGUUUAGAUAUUUUUUAUAAUCUUCUCGAUACGAUAUAACUCUUAUCAUAUUUGAAAUAUAUUAAUGUUUAAUUUCCUUUUAAUUUAUAAUCUUUUUUUGAAAUUUUUGGAUUUGCUUAACUCUCAUUUAUCCAAAAUUUUUUGGAAAUUGAUGAUUUUGUUUUGAAUUAUAUAUCUGAAGAUGAACUUAAGCCUCUUCCUUAAAAAAUAGCAAAUGAUAAUUAUUCCUCAAUUUAUUUAAUAAAUAUCAGUUAAAUAUUAACAGUUUAUGCAACCAUAUUUGGAGCUUAUGGUUUAGCUAUUAUUAUUCCAAUAAUUAUAAAAUAAUUUAGAUUUAAAUAUUACGAAGAUUAUCCAGAAAAAAAUGCAUUAGGUUUGAAAAUAAAAGUGUAUUUUCUUUCAUUUAAAAUAUUUAUCGGUGAAAUGUGUAAUACAAUUAUCAAUGAAUUAUUUUUUAGUGGUAUUCUAAGAACAUUUAUGGCAACUGCUUAUGAUUAUUCGUUUAUAUCGCUGCUAUAAAUUUAUUGUGUUAAUCUUAAUGCUAAAUCAUUUUUACUUGCUUUGAGUUCUUUCAUGGCAUUACUUUCAGUUAUACUUUAUUGCACAGUCUGUAUUGUCAUAAAUUAUUUAAUUGGAAAAAACAGUCUUACUUUGACUUAAAAAAAAAAUAUAGAAUAAUUUGGAUCAUUAUUUGAAGGUGUUAAACUAAGGAAUCAUUAUCAAAAAAUCUUUAAUGUUGCAUUAUUAGUAAAAAAAUUCCUGUUUAUGUUUGUUCUAAUAUUUUUUUAUGAAGAUCCAUUAAGCUAAACUGUAAAUUUAUUACUUUUAUCACUUUUAUCUGCUUUAUAUUUAUAUCAUUUAAAACCUAUAAAAGAUUAAAGUGAAUAUAAUAAAUAAUUAUCAACAGAAACUAUCCUAUGUUUGAUAUAUUUAAUCAUUGUUAUAUUAAUAGUUGAUGAACAAAUAAAGAAGUUUGAUUAUAACGAGUAAUAAAAUUGUGGUUGGAUUUGUAUAGCCCUGAUAACUUUGAUAAUUUUCAUUCAAUUAAUUAUAGAUAUAAUACAAUAAUGGAGGAUGUUAUUGAAGAAAUUUGCUUCUUUAAGACGCUUUAUAGAUAAAAUAUCUAGAAUGCUUAAUAAAAUGCCAGAAUCAUCCCAUCCUAAUCCAAAUGUUUUUGAAGAAAUUCAGAAUCAUGAAUUUUACUAAUCUAUCAUAUUAUAUAAAUGA